AUGAAUUUCCCAGCUGUCCUAACGCGUUACAAAACUCCAUUAAUAUCAAACACUUUCCUCUUUCUCUUUAUUCCCCAAAUCCAUGGCAACCCAGAUUACUCAAACCCCCAGGUUCUUCAUAAUCUGUAUCUAUAUCCUCUAUGUAUCUCAUUUUAUCACCUCCUUCUCUCCCACAGAUCACUAUCUCAUUAACUGUGGCUCAGCUUCACCUGAAAUUCAAGAUUCCGACCACCGGACCUUCACCGGAGACUCAUCGGAAAUAGGGUCCCGCUUUCUGUCCUCAGGUGACUCAAUCUUGGUAAGUGAAACGACCCCAGAUCAUAAUUUGUCUCCAAUUUAUCAUACUUUUAGGGUUUUUAAAAGGCAUUCAAGAUAUGUGUUUGAUGUGAAAAAGAAAGGUGCUUUCCUGAUUCGUUUGCAUUUUGGGGGUUUGAAUUUGAAUAAAUUUGAAGGGGCUGUAAAGUUUCAUGUUUUGGUUAAUGGGUAUGUGUUGUUGUAUGAUUUUAGUGGUGGGGAUGUGGGGAAUUUUGUAGUUAAGGAUUAUGUUGUUUGGGUUGAGGAUGAUAAGGUUGUGGUUAGUUUUGUUCCGGCGACGAAGAGUGUUGGUUUUGUUAGCGGGAUUGAAGUGAUUUCGGCUCCGGAAGAUUUGAUUGGUGAUGUGGGUAGGUUUGUGAGUUCUGAGGGUGUUGAGGUGCUUAAUGGAUUGAUGAAAAAUGGUUAUGAAAAUGUUUAUAGGGUGAAUGUAGGUGGUUAUAAGGUCACGCCUUUUAAUGAUUCUUUGUGGAGGACUUGGGUUACUGAUGAUGAGUUCUUAAAGGUGAAUGAUGGAUCGAACAAGUUUCAUUUUGGUGGUCGUAUUAAGUAUCGUAUGGGAGGGGCAAGUCGUGAAGUUGGUCCAGAUAAUGUUUAUAAUACUGCGAGGGUGAUUGUUAGUGAGAGUGAUUCCAUUGCUAGAUCAAAUAUUACAAUGGUGUUCUCAGUGUUUGGAGGUUACAAGUAUCUUAUUCGGAUGCAUUUUUGUGAUAUUGCUAGUAUUUCAAUCGGCAUGCUUUACUUCAACGUUUAUGUAAACGGGAAUUUGGCAUAUGAGAAUUUGGAUCUCUCUUUGAUUUCAAAUAAUAUGCUGGCUUCUCCAUUCUAUGCUGAUUUUGUGGUGGAUGGGGAUAGCUCAGGGGUUAUAACUCUUAGUGUUGGUCCUUCCAAUAUGAGCAUGCCGCAUGCUCUUAAUGCUAUUCUAAAUGGAGUUGAAAUUAUGAAGAUCAAUAAUUCAUUUGGUAGUCUCGAUGGACCAGUUUCGGCAAAAUCAAUCAUGGAAUGCAGGCCAAGUAUCGAUAUCAGUGUGUGGGCUUCAGUAGUUGCUGCUAUGAUCUUGUUUCUGGUUGCGCCUGUGUUUGUAAAAAGGAGAAGCAAUGCUGUCAAGGAAUCAGUGGCAUGGUCGCCAUUGCCCGUUGAUGAUGUUAAUUUGAAGCAAGGUCCCGUUGAUGAUGUUAAUUUGAAGCAAGGUCAUCAGAUAAAUGUCACCUAGAAAACUUCUUAUGCUCAUAAUAUGUUUCAAAUGGUGCAAAUAUAUGUAUCUUUAUGAACUUGAUGCUUGGUAAGAUUGUAUUAUUUUGGAUGAGCCACAACUUUGCACCUAUUACAGAAACUGGUAACCUUAAUUUUAAGAAUUUUCCAUUCCACUACCGUUGUGGCUCAUAAGAUUGUAUAGCCUGUAAUUGUAGCCAACUGUUGAAACAUACUUGCACUGUAAAUUACAUUUCAUUUUAAGUCUAAGCCUCAAAAAGGUUCUUAUGGACUUGUGUGGAGUGUUUUAAGCUUCUUAAUACACGAUUUGAUUUAACGCUUUUCCUUUUU